GGAGCAGAAGAGGCGGCGCCGCGGCGGCUUUGGCCCGGCCCUUCGGGGUGGGCCCGGGCCAGCCCGUCCCCAGCGGCCGCCCCCGCCCGCCGCGCCGGCAGAGCUGGCAAGUUCCUGCCUUUCGCGCCCAGCCCCAGACGCGCGGACGCGGCUCGGUCUCUCCGCGGCAGGUUCAUGCAUUGUAAGUGCCUUUCUGAAGUCACUCGUACAAGGAACAAUCCGUCUGCUUUUUUCCAGAACGAUUUCUCUGCCAGCUCUUACCUUAUGUGUCAUCUGCAGCCGUUUGCCAGCCACUUGAUGCAAAACUGACUCCUGCAUUUACAGAGCCUGAGGAAAAUAUUAGUUUGGGCAUGAAAACUGCUGAAUGUGUAGCUCUUUCUGUGUAAUCAAUGCCAACAAAGAGGACACAGUGGGCUGAAAUGUUGUUGAGGAAUGCCAUUGCAUGAAAAUAAAACUUGCUUAACAAAACGGUGUCAACAAAACCAUCGAGGGACUCACAUUUUCUACAGCCAGAAAUGCUACCGAGCAUGAAUAUUGUGCAGCCAAAAGUCUACAAGUGGCACAUAUUGAUUGAUGAUUGACAUGCUUGCUGAUAAAUAGUUGUCUCAUUCAGCUUUGUGCGCAUUGGACUCUCUGAAGGAUUUAUUACAUCAUUGCUGCAAGGAGCGAUUUACAUUGAAAGGGUGUCCCUGAGUUGUUGGAAUUCAUAACUCGAGGUGAUUUCAUUAACAGCAACUCUCAAAAUCUAAAUCAAUUGUACAUCAUGGCUUUGAAUGUUGCUCCUGUAAGAGAUACAAAAUGGCUGACAUUAGAAGUGUGCAGGCAGUUUCAGAGAGGAACUUGUUCACGCUCUGAUGAGGAAUGUAAAUUUGCACAUCCACCCAAAAGCUGCCAGGUUGAAAAUGGAAGAGUUAUUGCCUGCUUCGAUUCCCUAAAGAGCCGUUGCACAAGGGAGAACUGCAAAUAUCUUCAUCCACCAACACAUUUGAAAACGCAGCUAGAAAUUAAUGGAAGGAACAACCUGAUCCAACAGAAAACUGCAGCAGCAAUGCUUGCACAGCAGAUGCAAUUUAUGUUUCCAGGAACGCCUCUUCAGCCAAUGCACUCAUUUCCUGUAGGGCCAACAAUAGGAUCCAACACAGCACUUAGCUUUGCACCAUAUUUAACACCCGUCACUCCUGGGGUUGGAUUAGUUCCUACUGAAAUUGUCCCCACGCAGCCUGUCAUUGUUCCUGGGAGCCCCCCUGUCUCAGUCCCUGGUUCAACCACGACCCAGAAACUCCUCAGGACCGAUAAGCUAGAGGUUUGCAGGGAGUUCCAGCGAGGAAACUGUGCACGGGGCGAAACUGACUGCCGCUUUGCACAUCCUGCAGACAGCACAAUGAUUGAUACAAAUGACAACACCGUAACUGUUUGUAUGGAUUACAUAAAGGGGCGCUGCAUGAGGGAGAAAUGCAAAUAUUUUCACCCUCCUGCUCACUUGCAGGCCAAAAUCAAAGCUGCUCAGCACCAAGCCAACCAGGCUGCAGUGGCUGCUCAGGCAGCUGCUGCAGCUGCUACAGUGAUGACUCAGUCGACUGCCAAAGCAAUGAAGCGACCUCUCGAAGCAACUGUAGACCUGGCCUUUCCUCCUGGUGUUCUUCACACUUUACCAAAGAGGCAAGCACUUGAGAAAAGCAAUGGGGCCAGUGCUGUUUUUAAUCCCAGUUUCUUGCACUACCAACAGGCUCUUGCUAGUGCACAGUUGCAGCAACAUGCAGCAUUUAUUCCAACAGAUAAUCCUGAAAUAGUCAACAGGAAUGGGAUGGAAUGUCAAGAGGCCUCGAUGAGGACAGCAAAGCAUUGUUACUGUACAUACUACCCUGUCUCUUCAAUAGAAUUGCCACAAACUGCAUGCUGAGUAAAGAGUUUGUUCGUCUGGACAAAUCACAAAAACACUAAAGAGCUAGUGCUGCUAUAUCAUAAAAUGAAUAUUAAAUAUGGUAUGCUUAGUAUAUUCCAAACUAAUCUAGUUAACUAUCUGAUGCCAGCUGUGAUGGUUCAAGACUUUAAAAAAGGGUAACAUUUUACUUUUAAAGGUUUUAUACAGCACCGUUUACUUCUUAGAAAUAUCGUCUUACCGCCAUGAUUAUAGCUAAUGUAAGUAGUCCUAUUCAUAUAUUAUUGUAGGGUUCACAACUUUAUGAAUCUUUCAAUGUUAGCAAUAAAUGAUUUACAUUGGCCACUAAGCCCAAGGUCCAGAGAACCAGCUAACUAGCUCCACGUGGGCCCCGGCCACUUCGCAGGGCAAACUGCUUCGGAAAUUGUGGAGAGUUCCCAAAGCUGUAGGUGAGACGGCAAAGGGGGUUUUCCUGCUCAAAGGAAGUGAGGGGGGGAUCAAAGGCCCCUGCUGAGCACGUGCAAGCCCUCGGGUGCCCACCCCAGUCACCCUUUGGAUCUUGGCCAAUCUUCACCAACUGCAGACUUAACUUUUAACCCUUUGACCACUUUGUACUCUCUUAAAAAGCUCACUUCUCUACUAGGCAGUUGAUGCCAAGGCAAAGGAGGUGAUGUGAAAGCCGAACCCUGUAUUCCUGAACAUCACCCGUUAAAAGCUCCAAGGCAAAGCACAAAUUGCGGAGAUGCACACGAGCUGAUUUUGGGCAGGUGCGGAGAAGCUGUACUGGAAUCGUGGCAUUCUAGAACUAAAUUAAACCUUUGCACAGUAUGGUUUCCAUACCCCAAACAAAGUCUUGACUAUGUUAUUUUACAAAGAGAGAGGAUAUUUUUUAAAAUAAAGCCUUUGCAAAAGUGCCUAAAUUUUGCCACAUCAGACUUGAAACUAUGUGACACUGAUGUCUAUAAUUGAAUUUACACCAAGUGAUUAAGCUUUCAGAUUUGCAAUCAGGUUACCAAAAAUAAGAACUUGUUAUGAAAUAACUUCUUCCCAAUUAAAGAAAUGGGUCUAUAGGUGAAAAGAUAGCAAGAUAUUCUAAUUUAACUCAAAAUGGAAUAAUUGAAACUGAGUCAUUGAAAAAACUAAUAAGUGACUUUAAUCUAGAUGACUAGGAGAAUACUGAACAAAAUGUAGAGAGAGCUUCAGUUUAAUCCAUUGUUACUGUUGCCGUAUUUUUAAAAUCAGGUUUAAGAAGUUGUAACCGGAUUACAGCACAGAGAAAGAAACUAGAUCUUUUAACCUUUUUUUCUUUAAAAGCUUAUUUUAUGUCACAGAACUAUGAAGAUAUCUUUAAUACAGCUAUAUACAUAUUAUAUAUACACAUACAUAUAUAUGGACAAAACAGAUUUUAAUGUUUACUUUUUUAAAAACUGUAUUGAUUUACAAGGUAAUUAUAUACAUUUGAUUAAUGUAGGAGGUUUGUUUUUAAGAUUUGUUUCCUACACUGUUGUACCAAAUAUGUCACAUUUCACAUUUUAUAUGUUGCACAUAUAUCAGACAAGUACAUAGUUUUUAAAUUAUUGUUUAUAAAACAAAAAAGCAGCUGUUCUAUGGAAAUAUGUAUAAUUGUUUGAAACAUCUGGUUUUUUCCAUGUGAACAUUAUAAAUGAUUGCAGUAUUUUAACUUAGACUUUUCAGAUUGAUUCUAAGCUACUUAGCUCUGGCGACACUGCCUACUCAGAAAGACCAGAAGCACUAAUUGAUUUUUUUGUUGAUGAAAUUAUUUUUCAGUGUUAAUCUUGCUUUUCAAAUGUCUAAUAUCUGUUUAUAUUCAAACGAUAGCUUCGAUCACCUAAAAGAGGGGGGGGGGCAAAGAACCCAAAAUCUGAUGGUAAACAUAGUGUUUGUAAUCUUGCAUUAGUUUUAAUUUGUGAGGAAUACGUAUUUCUUUUAUCUUUACUUGUAAAUUUUCUCAGAUGUUUAACCUAGGUUGAGAAUAUGGCCGUUUACCUACAUCUGUAGUUUGGGUUCUUUUUUUUUUAAAAAAAGUUGCAUUUAAACAUUUGAUAGUUUAUUGGACAAUACUAAAUGGCAAUUUAUGUAUGUUGUUUAAAUAUUUAAACUGUAGAAAGAACGUUUUAUCGGACAUUAUGUUUAAACAAUUAUUUUCUUAGAAUCACUGCAAUGUUAUGUUCUAUACAUUAAUGAUCAGAUCAAACGUCAUUAUCUUUAUUUCCUCCUGAACCAAGAGAAAAAGAGAGAUCCUAUUUUUAAAAAGAGAGAGUUCCAUUGUAUUGACAUAUAAGUUUGUUCUGUUUCUACAUUUCUAAAAAUAUUUAUGUCAAACCGCAAUCCACUGGCUCCAAAAUAGCUGCGUUGUCUCAAUGGGGCUAGGCUGGACUAAGUGGUUUGAGAAUCACAGUUUUAAGAGCAUGAGUCACAGAGGUUGCACAGGCAGAGAAACCAGCGGCAGCUAGAAGGUGGCCCACACAAACCACUCCCCAAAUGCCCUCCAGGAGCCCUGACUAAGCUUUCAACCUGCAUUGUUUUCCGAGUCUGUUGCAUCACCCCAUUUUGCUUUGGUCUACGCUGCUUCAACAGCCUCUGGCUCUGAAGUGAUUGAUAAUUUUAUUAUUAACAACAUAUAUUAAUCCACUUGCCCCUGGCACGUUCUCACCUGCAACUUUUAAAAACCCUGCUCCUUACAUACUGUGCCAGCCAGGGCUGGCCCAACCCUGAGGCGAGGCAAGGCAAGAUCCAGCCUCCAUGGGAUUUGUCGCCAGCCUCUGCUGCUACAUAUGCUUUGGAGGCAGGAUCUACCCCUCCUGAGCAGCUCCCGCCUCCAGUGCCACUGUAGAAGUCAUCGAGUAGAAGGCUCUGCUAGUCUGCCAUCCCUAAGGAUGAAAUGGCAAGGGCUGCCUUCUGGGGUGUUUGGGCUCUGAACCAACCCCAUGUGAUUCCCAGCAUGACCCUUCCCCGCCCCCCCCAUUCCCAAUAUAGAUAUUCACUCCCUCACCCCUUACUCCCGAUGUAGAAUUGUAGAGUUGGAAGAGACCACGAGGGUCAUCUAGUCCAACCCCCAGCAAUUCAGGAAUCUUUUGCCCAACAUGGGGCUCGAACCCACAACCAUGAUUAAGAGUCUCAUGCUCUCCUGAGCUAUUCCUCUCCUUGCUCCCAAUGUAGAACUUCACACACCCCCCUUCUUCCCUGAUGGGCGGGCAGGGCACCAUUUUGUGGCUGGCCUCAGCUGCCAAAACGUCUUGGGCCGGCCCUCAUGUCAGCCCUGCACUCCAGAACCGAUUCCUCCUUUAUCUCUGCUCCAGCCACCCAGCUGGUCUUCAUAUAGUGUUCAUUCCAGCCUCAACCUGAUGUUCUAACCCUUAAAGCGAUACGCAUUUUAAUGCUUGCUUUCAGCCAUUUGGCAUCUAAACAUAGGACUUUGUCCCACUGUUUGUUGCUUGCCUCAUUUUACUGUUUUGGCUUCCAUCUUCAGCCCGCAACACAAGCCUAAUCCUGUUUUCCAUUUCUACCACAACGCAUCCCAUCAGCAGAACUAGUAACAAGAACUUCUCAUUUUCACCCGCAAAGGAAGUCUAACCCUGUCCUUUUCAGCAAGGGCUACCUAGGAGAGCAGAAGUCACGCAAAUGCAUUCAAAGAUACCUGUCUCUAGGACAGCAAAAUCACUGGCCCAGUGUGUACAUCACAUUAAACCAGGAGUCAGCAAACUUUUUCAGCAGGGGGCUGGUCCACUGUCCUUCAGACCUUGUGGGGGGCCAGACUAUAUUGGGGGGGGGAAUGAACGAAUUCCUAUGCCCCACAAAUAACCCAGAGAUGCAUUUUAAAUAAAAGGACACAUUCUACUCAUGUAAAAACACACUGAUUCCUGGACCGUCUGCAAGCCAGAUUUAGAAGGCGAUUGGGCCGGAUCUGGCCCCCGGGCCUUAGUUUGCCUACCCAUGCAUUAAACCAUAGUUUAAAGCAAAUUAUGGUGUGUUUGCAAGCACAUGCUGCUAAGAAGGUUUUCAGUGCUGCUUUUCCACUGCUGCCACCCUGUGGACAAAAUAGGCCAAAAUCUGCCUUGUCUCGUCAUUCAAACCCAGGUUUGUGGUUCAUUUCUCCCCCAACAAACCACUAGUGGUAAGCUAAAAACAGAUUUUGGCUGGUUUGGAGAGCAAUGACAAUGAGCCCAGGUUCAGACAACACAACAAGGCCGACUCAUUGUUUGAUCCACAAUGGGGUAGGAGUGGAAGAGGAGCGCCCACUAUCUCACAUUAAGCCGCAGUUUGUUUUAAGCUAAGAUUUAAUGUGACAUGAUACCCAAGCCUGGUUUCCUUCUGCCCAUUCUCAACUGCACUUUGUUUAGUCUCAGUGCCUCCUGCUUUUAAUCUGUGCUCAUAUAGUAAAGAAAGAACUAGCGUUAAAAAAAAAAAAGUAUACAAGAACAUAAUUUUUUAUUUAUUUUAGAGUAGUUUUGUAGAAUACAUUGAAUCUGGAAAGAUCUAAACCUAUUUUUCUGUAUAAAUAUUAUUUGCCAAAACUUCAUUUAUAUUUUGGAAAAGAAUGUCUAACGAUGGUAAAUCGACCUUACAUUGGUUUGUUGUUGUUGUUGUUUUUAAUACUCCUUUGAAGCAACCAUGAAAUGGGCCAAUAUAGUCAGCAAGUACUGAAGCCGAGACAUAAUUUCAAGUGUCUUGGGACGUCUCUGUAUUUUCUAUAAGAGCACUUCACCAAAAUACCUUAAUUUGCCCAUACAAAAUGAUCAAUGGUGACAUUUACACUGCAUCCUUUGCUAACAGUUAAAUAAACCCCUUCUCUUAUUCCAUGUACUGUAAUUAUUUAGGAGCCUGAUUUAAAUACUCAUUUAUGAGUUGGUUGAAAUAUUAUUUAAUUACCCAAUGUGCAACCAUGGAAAUAAAAAGAAGCAUUUUAAAACGA